UAUAGAAUAUUUAUUGGUUCAUCUCUCUCACUCGCUGCCUUGUCUCUCUUUCUCUUUGAAGAGCUAGCAGAACAUUUAGGCGCAUAUAACCUUCUUUCAUUGUCCCAUUUGAGAUCCGUUUGAAUAUUAUUUGCCAUUAAGGUGGUAAAAACGGUAACUUUCGAAUCCUUUGUUGCAAUUUCUGCUGCGGUUUCAGGCUUCCUGGUUCUUUCUCUGCUACUUAUCCUCUUUUCCCCCUUUUCUUCUCUUGCCGUACUCUCUUUUCAUCUUAGUUUAUGCUGAAAGUUUCCAUUUUUUAGCAUGGAAAAUAUCCCCUCUUGCCUUCUCUCUGGUAUCCUCUAGAGUUCUUUCCAUUCGAGACAUCUCUGGAUAUUCUAUGUUAUUCUGUCGGCAAAGAUCUUAACUUUAGAUCCCGUUUUACUUCCAUGAGCUUGCUUGGCUUUUGUCUCUUAUGGCAGCCAGAGUAGAUUAUUCAUGAUUUGUUGUAUUGGUUCUGUACUGCUUUGAUUCGGUUAAGCUGUGCUUGGGGCCGCGUGGGGCUUAAAGCUAGGGUUUUGCCGGCGAUAUAGGAUGGGUUGGAUGGAAGGAGAUCUUGCUCGUUCUGCUUUCUGCGUUCUGCUUUUUCAGUUGGUGGUUUUUAAAUCUGAAGGAUCAACUGCUCAUCCUUUUGUAAUUUCGCCUUCAAAACCAGAAACUGCAUCAAAAAUCAUUCAGGAAAUAUUACCAUCAGUGCAACCCAAUUCUUUUUCAGACCGGAAUAUAAGCUUCCAUAAAUCUCCAAUCGAAGCUUCUUCCUCGCCCGAUAGACCCCAACCGCAGCUUCCUCACAAAAAAGAAAUAACCACACAACCUUCAGUAAAAGAUAUAAAGGCAGCUCCUUUAUACGCUUCAGAUUCAAUCAGCAGUCACAAACCAAGUCCAAAGACUGCACAAGCAGACAUUUCUCCUCCACAAAAUGAAUCAAAAACUGCACAUUCUACUUCAAGCUCUCUUCCCCAUCUUCCAGAAGGAAAAAUUACUCACAAAACAACAUCAGAACAUUCAGGUUCUCCUGCAAAAAAAUCGAAGAAGAGAGAGUAUCAUGCCUCCCAUCCUUCCAAUCGUCCCAUAGAAAUUUUGAAGAAUAAGAGAAGGCAUUAUGCUCCUCAGCCUACUAUUAAUGGUUUUGAGAUCAAUCCAUCUGCUUCAAAAUCUCCCAUACAGACUCCAAAACAUAAGAAUUCUGCUUCUUCGCCGUAUAAUGGAAGUCCUGUGAUCAAUCCAGCUCCUCUGCAUCCUUCUGUUGACUCUCUGGAAGGGCCAAAGAUCAGUCCAGCUCCUUCACACCCUCCAAUGGAGACUCCGAAGAGGAAUAGAAGACAUCAUUCUCCUCCAUCAUAUCCUCAAGGCCCUCAUCUCCCUCCAGUCCAAACUCCAACUUCAACAAAUGGUGAAAUUUCUGCUGCUCCUUUGCCAGCAUCAACCAGUCCUCCCCCAAGUUACAUAAUUUGGCAAAUUCAUUCUCCACGAUCUUCUCCUUCCAAAUCUUUCGGAGGCAAGUCGUCGCCCCCCUCAUCACAACCGAAACAAGUGUUACCCCCUCCUCCUCCUAAUCUCGACUGUGGUCCCAUGAUUUGCCAAUCACCACUUACAACUCCAUGUCCUGGAUCACCUUGUGAAUGUGUUUUGCCAAUUAAAGUUGUCCUGCGACUUGGCGUUGCUUUGUACAUAUUCUUUCCUUUGGUUUCUGAAUUUGCCAAAGAAAUUGCAGCCGGAGUUUCGAUGAAGCAAAGCCAAGUGCGCAUCAUGGGAGCAAAUUCUGUAACUGAAGAGCCUGAGAAGACUGAUGUGCUUAUUGAUCUGGUUCCACUUGGGAAAUCCUUUGACAACAGGACAGGUUUUAUGACCUUUGAGAAGUUCUGGAAGAAGGAAGUUUCAAUACAAGCCUCAUAUUUUGGAGACUAUAUUGUUUUAUAUGUCAACUAUCCUGGCCUUCCUCCAUCACCACCUACAGCAUUUCUUAAUGGGGAAGCAUAUGCAAAUAACAAUAACGGAAGGAAAGUUCAUCCUUUUGCAGUUGAUGUUAGAAAGAAGAAGAAAAGUCUAGGCGGCAGUGUGAUAGCUAUUAUAGCUAUGACUUCGUUAAUAGCCGUGCUUUCAUUUAUUGGAGCUGUAUGGUUUUUGUUGUUAAGAAAUAGGGAGCUAUCAGGCCUUCUUAAACCAAAUUUUCAAUCUUCACAGACCCCAUUUUCAAAAUCAACAGCCACAGGAUCCAUCCCUGUAAAUGUUGGAAUUGGCCCAAGCUCAAAAUCAGACUCUUUAUGCUCCAACAUUGCAACAUAUAAUGGAUCAGCAAAAACAUUCGCGCUGGCUGAGAUCGAAAGAACCACCAACAAAUUCGACGAAUCGAGAGUUAUAGGAGAAGGCGGGUUCGGGCGAGUAUACGAAGGAACACUUGACGGCGGAACAAUGGUGGCCGUGAAGGUUUUGAAGAGAGAUGAUAGGGAAGGAGAGCGAGAAUUCUUGGCCGAGGUUGAGAUGCUCAGUCGUCUUCAUCACAGGAAUUUGGUCAAGUUGAUUGGUAUAUGCGCGGAGGAAAAUAUUCGUUGUUUGGUCUAUGAACUUAUUCCUAAUGGCAGUGUUGACUCGCAUCUACAUGGGAUUCACAAGAAAACUGCUCCACUUACCUGGAACUCUCGAGUGAAGAUCGCCCUCGGUGCAGCUCGAGCUCUAUCCUAUCUUCAUGAAGAUUCAAGCCCUCGCGUCAUCCACCGCGAUUUCAAAUCCAGCAACAUCCUCUUAGAAGACGAUUUCACUCCCCGGAUCACCGAUUUCGGCCUCGCUCGCUCCGCUUUCGACGAAGGAGACCAGCAGAUUUCGACCCGUGUAAUGGGAACUUUUGGCUAUGUGGACCCUGAAUACGCCAUGACAGGACAUCUUCUUGUCAAGAGCGAUGUUUACAGCUAUGGAGUUGUUCUUCUUGAGCUUCUUACAGGGAGGAAGCCUGUAGACAUGUCGCAACCUCCCGGACAAGAGAAUCUGGUCGCUUGGACCCGUUCUCUUCUCGCAAACAUGGAAGGAUUACAGACAAUAAUCGAUCCGGCUCUCGGCGAUGAUUAUCCUCGGAACAAUGUUGCUAAAGUGGCAGCGAUUGCUUCGAUGUGCGUUCAGCCCGAAGUGUCGCACCGGCCAUUAAUGAGCGAGAUAGCUCAGGCUUUGAAAUUAGUGUGGAAUGAGAGGGAUGAACAGAGGCGAUCGGAGAGCUUCAGUGAGGAUGAAAUGGGGGUGAGAGAUGUGGAGAGUGGAAUGAGUGAAGUGUUGUGUGGAGGAGGAGAUAGAGAGGGCAUCGGAAUGGAUGUGUUGUAUGGAUCUUCGAGUUUUAGAGGAGAUGCUUCGGAUUCUUUUCGGCGGCAUUGGAGCUCUGGUCCGUUGAGUGGUGGUAGAAGCAGGCUUUUCUGGCAAAGAGUGGGGGGUUUGGGAGAGGGGAGUUCGAGCGAGCAUGGAUUUACGCGUCGGUUUUGGUGGAGAAGACAUGGAUGGUCUUGAAGAGUUUUUAACAGAAGAUGAAGAUGGAGAGAGUAGCAGCUUUCUGUACCAGGUUUGUUCUUGUUGCUGUUAAGCUCAAGUUUCAGAGGCUUUGCAUUGAAGCCUUGGAGGUGGAGGGAGUGAAUGGAUGUGUUACUUGUCUUGAGAAAUUAUUAUAUCCUUGCGGAUUAGGUGAGGAUGGCAGUAUUUUAGAUGUUAUUGAUGGCAUUAUGUUGAUAUUUUAGUAAAAUAACAUCAUAAUACUACUAAUAAUAUCUAUAAAUCGAGGCCACGGAGUCCGGAUGUAAUAAUCGCUGGUCUUGUUGAGCUUCUAUAUAUUAUGAAUCCAUAGCUGAGCUGAACUGGUCAUCUCAGACGAAUGAAACUGAGAUUGAUUGGGUGUUCAUUGAGGAAGAAAGCUAAAGAAAAAAAAAUGAUUUGUUUUUUCCUUUUUUUAAAAAAAUGAAUUUGUGCAUGUAAUAAGAAAGGAUAUCGUGUAUAUUGUAAUAAAGAUUGAAUUUUGGGAUUUUGCUGUGGACUUUUGU